CGGUUGAUUUAAUUAUAUGGUAUGAUGAGUCAGAUAGUCUAUACAAACUUCAAUGCGAGAGCUUGGACUAGCUAAUUUCGUUGGGCCUAGUGGUCUCCUUCACGAACAAGACAAGAGCGGCCUGUUGUUGGAGCGGGCCGUGGAGAAGCUCUUCGAUGGGCUCGAGCCCAGGCCCAGCUGCAUCAUCUCCGACAUGUCUUUCCCUUCCACUAGCUUUCUCGCCAAGAAACAUGGCAUUCCUAGAAUUCGCUUCAAUGGCUUCUCGUGCCUUGCCCCGUUGUGCGUCCGCAAUGUGGAAACCAUCAGAGAGUUCCUCGACCGGUUGGAGCCAAGUCGAGUUGACGAAGGGCCAGUUUCCCAUGGCUAUGGUCGACGGCGUGCUGGACUGGGCCUGGUACGACGAAGAGAGGAUAAGAGCCCACAAUAAUAAUACAAACAAUAACAACAACCAUUAAUUAAUGAACGUCCUUUGUGGUCCGUGCUGGUCCAUUGCUUAAUAAAAACACGUUUUUCUUCCAAUUAAAAGAAGACAAUUAUAAAGAGUACAUAAAUAUCAACGAUAUUUGUUAUGAGCGGUCACAAAGACAAAAUUAUAGAUUUUGUAUUAAAAAGUUUUGGAUCUCAUUUUGGAAAGCCUAAGUUCAGGUCCUUAAACCCUCUUAAAGAAUUGUGAUUGGUUGAUUCAAUUUUAGGUAGUUAGUGAAGAGUUAUUAGUUAAUUAGCUGUUAAGGGUGUUAAGAGAAUUGUAUAUAAUUAAAAAAUGUAACCCUAAUUGUCUAUAAACCCUCAUUAUUUUUUUCUCACCCGCAGCCGAACCGUUUCUCUUCUCGUCAAAGGACGUUCUCCGCCCAUCCUGUCUGGUGCAGCCGCCGGCUGUCCUUUCUGCUCCCGCCAGCUGGUCUCCGCUCCGCCAACCCCUACUUCUGUACUCUGGUUCCUGUCGUCGUACUCCCAUUCCCUGCCGUCGUAAUCCCAUUCCCUUCCCUCAACACUCGGCAGUGGCAUCUCCUUCAAGCUUCAGUCGUCGGCCCUUCAAGCUUCUAUCGUCUCUGCUUCGUGUAGUUUUUCUUCUCCCUGCUGCCUGGAGUUCUUCAUCGUCCGACGUCGCACUCUCAAGUCUCGUCCAGCUCCCCUCCGCUAUUACUUAUGUUGGUUACUAUUGUUAACAAUUCUGCUUUAUGUUAUUAAAGUGUUCAAUACCAUUAGGAAUGGCAAUAAAACCCAUGGUCGCGGGUAUCCAACCGCCCCCGACCCAGUCAACGCGGGGAAUCCCCGCUUUGACCGGGUAUGGGUAAAACCCGCAAAAAGUUUGAUGGGUAUGGGGCGGGUAUGGUUUUGACCUCCCCCGCCCCAUACCUAUACCCACUCCACCAAGAGAAUUUCUUCACAUAUAAAAAAAUAUGUGGAUUAAAUUGUAAUCUAUCAAUGGUGAUGAGGAUAACUCAAGAAAAUAAAUAGUAAAAAUGCAAUUGAGUGACCAUUUUAAUCAAAAUCUAAUUCAUUUCCCUCAAUUCCCCUUUCACUCUUUCACUUUUCCCCUUGUCUACGAGAUUAUGUUAGUUAAUUAUUACUUAAUAGAUGUAUAAGAGUUAGAAGAUAAUAAUUUGAAAAAUAUUAUACUCUAUAUUAUGAAGACGGAUCAGAGGCAGUGAGGCUAGAUGUGUGUCACCGUGGCAUGGUGGGGGUAGGGUUUUGUGAAGACGGAUCGUAAAAAAAAUACAUGGAAGAAAACUAGAAAGCAGAUGGAGUGUUUUUCUUUUUGAAUUUUGAGAGAGAGUGAAGGUGGGAAGGUGCGGCGCUGCCAUUUGAGUGGGGUGGGUUAGGGUUUUUUAGUUAAUAUAUAUAUAAAUGUGUAAUUAUUAAAUGGUACUGACAACAUUGAUAUUCGGUAUAAUUUGGUGUCGGAUAUGAACUAAACAGUUGCAAAUCCCUACCAGUCAGUCAUCAAUAAAACUAAUAAAAAUUUACACCUCGCAAUUCAAACUAACCAAUCCACCCAGACCGAAUUGAUAUUGCAUAAUCAUUUUCAAAAUCUCUAUGGCGAUUUCGUUACAUCGUGAAAAAGUUGUAACCAUCUUGUUAAAAUAUUUAAACAUCGAGGAAUAGCAACCCUUUUAAAUAUCGGGGAUUGCUAUUCGUCGCCCUAAAAAUCCUUAUUCGUCGCCCUAAUUAUAUUACAUUUACUUUAAUGUCCCUAGUUUAUUUUGUUUGUUUUUCAAACAAUUAAACCCUAAAACAAACA